AAUUAUUUUUUACUGCUAUAAACAAGAAGCAGUUAACGAAAAUGAAUGUGAUUCAUCCUUCUCACCAAAAAGUGAAAUACUUGUGGUUUUUUUAUGACUUUAUUGAAAAAACAUUUAUUUAAAAUUUCUUGUUGUCUUAUUUUCCGUCUUCAAAAUAUCUUCUAAAUGAGUAAGCAAAAUCUUUCUGGUAAUGUUUAUGAAAUAUCAAAGUCACAUGUUAGAGACAAAGAAAUCAACAUCGCUGAGAGCUUUGCAUCACACCUUUUAGAAUAUCAUCAAAUAAGCUAUGCAGACAUAAGUAAACAUUCUGAUAAAAAUGUGCGCAUCUUGAAUGGAAAGCAAAAAAUCAAUGUUGUACCUUUAAAAUCACUUCGUUGGCAAAAUAGAAGCAAAACAAGAACUUUAAAUGAAAAUUCAUCUGAUGAGGAUAAUGAUGGUGAUGAUGAAGGUGAUCAAGCUCCUCAGACAUCUGCAUCAGAAAGAGUAAAGUUUAUCUUAGGGUACAGUGAAAAAGAAGAUGGAAAACCUCAUGAGAACCCUCAACUUUUUACAGAGCUUGAAGAGUUAUUUGUUUAUGUUGAUGGCAAUGAAGAAUGGAAAGAAACAGCACGAUGGUUUAAAUAUGAAGAAGAUGUAGAAGAAAGUGGAGAUAGAUGGAGCAAGCCACGCGUUGCAGCUAUUUCACUUUACAGCUUACUAGAGCUUAGGAGUUCUUUAAUGGCUGGUACAGUAAUUCUUGACAUGGAUGCAAGUACACUACCAGAUAUAACUAGCAACCUUCUAAGCAAUCUUGUGGCAAACAACAAACUUGAUGAAUGCGUUAAAGAUAAAGUUCAAGAAACACUUCUUCGAAAACACCAUCAUCACAAAGGCAACAGUUUUCGAAGAAAUCUCAGUAAUAUUAUAAGUAGGCGAUCAUCGCGACCAAUACAUAGUAACAUAUCAUUAUCUAGCAAGUUAAAUCUUUAUGCAAAUUUACCUUCUGCGCAGUUGAAAAUGCAGCAUUUUGAUAGUCACUCUGAUGUAUCUUCAGUUCAGAUAAAAACAUGUCAUGAUAAUGACACAUGUAAAGAGUUUUCUUUAACAGAAACUCAAUAUCAUAAAAAAAGCUAUCCAAGUUUAACGCAUACAACAACUGAAUCAAGUUUUAUAUCAGUUUGUAAUCAAAGGGUCUCAAUACAGGGUCAUCUUGUUUAUCCUUCCCCAGGAAAUGACUCUGAUGCAGAUGCAAAUGAGAAACCAUCUCGAUUGAAGAAUUUGCUUUCACCUAAUGCAGAAGCAUCCAGCAUUUUAGUUGGUGAAGUUGAUUACUUAUUACAACCUGUCACAGCGUUUAUUCGCCUUCAUAAUAGCUCACUGAUUAGAGAUCUUACAGAAGUUUCAAUUCCUACUAGAUUUUUGUUUAUUAUGUUAGGACCACGACUAAGCUAUGGGAAUUACCAUGAAAUUGGACGUGCAAUAUCCACAUUGAUGUCAAAUGAUAUUUUCCAUGAUGUGGCGUACAAAGCAAAAUCUAAAGAAGAUCUUAUUACAGGAAUUGAUGCAUUUUUAGAACAGGUUACUGUUAUUCCACCUGGUAAUUGGGAUAUAUCAGUCAGAAUUGAACCUCAAUUAAACAAUCAACACAAGGAAUCUAAGCGGUUGUUAUCAGAAUCCAACAAAGCAGAAAUUUCCAUUGAUCAACUUGGAAGCGUUGGUUCUACUUCCUUAGCAUCUGACUUAGCAACAGAAGAAAAUAGUAGCUCUAACACAGGAAAGCACUCAGUUAUUGGAAAACAGUGUAGUGGAUUGGUAUCUGAUUUGUGUGCAAGGAAAAAGCGUACAAAUGAUAUUAAAGAUGGUUUAAACAUAAAAUGUGUUGCUGCUUCAAUAAAUAUUUACUUGCUUCUAUUAGCUUUUAUAGCAACAGUUGGAGAUCACGAAAAAAAAACUACUAAUAAUUUCAUAGGUGUGCGUGAACAUUUGUUAUCAUUUGGUAUUAAUGGCCUGUUAUUUGCUUUGUUUGGUGGUCAGCCUAUGUUGGUUAUGUGCUAUACUCUCCCCAUCAUGGUAUUUGAUAAGCUUUUAUUCUUAGUUUCUCAAGAUUUGGACUUUGAGUUCUUAUCUUUAAGACUAUGGGUUGGCAUAUGGACAGCUAUUUUCUUAAUAGGUUGUGUUAUUCUCAACGUUUCUACUUGUAUUCAAUACUUGACACAGUUUACAUUAGACAUUUUUGCUGUUGUGCAACCUCUGGUUUUACUGGGGUAUGCUGCAUAUUAUAUAAGCAUCAUGGUUAUAGAUGUAUCUAAUAGUCCUGGUAUGUUUGUUAAUCAAAGUUGUUUUUGCUUACACAACUUCUCAGACUCUAAUGUUAUAAAUCUUUUUAUAAAUAAAACUGAAAUUAUGGAUAAUAUACACUUUCGUGAUUGCGUUGGCAAUGGUAUGAAACUAAUCGGGAAUGCUUGCAAUCAUGGUGUUUCUUCGCUAACUUUGCUUGUGCUUGUUGUAUCCAUUUUUUUAGUCCUUAUUUUGGCAUCUUUUCAGCAUUUUGGCUGCUUUCCUAAAUUGAUUCACAGAUUUCUUCACGAUUUUUCAUCCCUGAUCACUGUUUUUGUGGCAUCAAUGUUUGUAAAUCAGUUUUCAGUUAAUAUUUUGUAUAUGCAAGUACCAAAGCAUUUUCACCCUGAAGGUGCUAGAACAUCUUGGGUUGUACCCUUUUUUGGUUCAAAUCAGAUUUGGAGCAUAUGUGUGGCUAUUAUUCCAGCAAUAUUUUUCACAAUCUUGCUAUUUAGUGAGCACCAGCUUGCUAGCUACUAUGUACAGAAACAAUUUAUGCUAAAGAAGAGUUGUGGCUAUCAUCUUGAUCUUCUUGUUGUAGUUUUUGGUGUUCUUUUAUCUUCUAUUCUUGGCUUACCUUUUACAGUGACAUCUGUUAUAUUAUCUGUCAAUAAGAUCAGAUCAUUAAUUGUGAUAAAACCAUCAUUAGAUCAUUAUGGAGGUUGUAAGGAAAUCAGGGAGCAGCGAGUGACUGCUGUGUUGGUUUGCUGUCUUUUACUACUAACACCUUUAAUGCAGCCUUUGAUUAAAUUCAUUCCUUUAUCUGUGCUCUAUUCAAUCUUUAUAGUGGCUAUGUGUAAAGUCUUCAUCAAUAAUAUUUUUGUAAAGCGUUUCAAGUUUUUGUUUGUUUCCAAUCAUCAUAAUGAAGAAGUCUAUUUGCGACAAGUUCCACUAAUUAGCACCAAUAUAUUAACGUUAGUUCAAGCAAUAUGUGUAGCUGUUUUGUGUGCAGUGCGAGCAUCAAUUGCUGCCUUUUCAUUCCCUUUUGCAAUAAUCUUUGUUAUGGUAGUUCGGUUUGUACUUGAGUUUAUUUUGCCAGAACAAGAUUUGCAGUUACUUGAUGGGCCAAGGCUUCGAUUUUCUUGUUUUCAAAGGAAAUCUGACAGCUACUCACAUCUAAUAUUAGAUUCAGAGCAAGGAAUUGCGCUGGAUGUACAGGAUGCUGGAUUACUUUCACAUCCAAGUAAAAUGAUUAUCGAUAUUGGAGACGAGUUGGCGAAGACAGCAGCGUGGAAGCAGCUUACAUGUCACACUAAAAAUUCUUUAGAUUCAAAAAACUUUCCAAAUACAAGUAGUGGGGAAAGUGGUUCCAGACGGCGUAGAAGGCGAAGCCGUGGUUCUUUAACAAAAAAUAAAGAUGGAAAAGAAUGUGUUGCGUUAAAUACAAAUAAUAGAGCAUCUCGUAAAGAUUCCAAGAAUUCAAAAUCCGAUUAUUUAACAGAACAAUCAUCACAAAGUGAUAUCUCAAAUGGUAAGCGCAGUCGGAAAAAAAGUAAAAAUACUAAAGAUCAAUUACCUCCUUGGGAACAGCCUAUUGGAUCACCUCCAAGAAAAGAUUUAGGUCUACUAGAGAUUUUUGAAGAUGCUUUAAGUAUUGAUCCGGCUUGUACCAGAACAGACUCUCCUAUUCCCGCUUGUCCUGUAAUAAAACUUGAAAAUCAAAAGGAUCAAGUAACGAAUUCUCCCACACCAGAAACAUUCACCUUAAAAUGAUUACCGCUUGUUAAGUGUUUUUCCUACUUUCUAGUCUGGUUGCCACACUUUCCUACAUUUUAGCCUGAUGGCCUCACUGUCCGAUGAAUGAAUAGUUGGAACGAGUGAGAAAUGCUAGUGAUUAUUUUGAUCUUGUUGAACAGGAAUAGUUAGUUUUAAAAUGAAAUUAGUUCUAUUUUAGUUAUUUGUCAAAUUAUUAUUUAAAAGUUACCAUAAUUAAUAAUAAUUUGAACCUAUUUAUAUAAUUAUUUAUAAAAUUAUUUAUAUAAGUUAUACAAACACAUAUUUAUAUAGAAGAUGCAUAAAUUUUUAAAUAAAAAAAAGUUUUAA